AUGGAUCCCAAUCAACAUAACCCUUGGUCUAAUUUUAUGCAAAAUAGUGGUAGUCCUCCUUCUAUUCCAAAUCAACAAAGUAAUCCAUAUUUUAGAAAUACACCUUUUAUCUCAAAUCCACACCAUAAUCCAAAAUUUUCAAAACUCACCUUUUAUCCUAAAUCCACAAAAUAA